UUCGCUCUCCGCAUGUGGAUGGUCUCCUUGUGUGUCUAUUUCGGAGCACGUGUCUGUUUCGUCGCUCCCCGCUUUCCCCUCACGCUUCUCCCUCUCUCCCCUCCUGCCCGCAGUCCAAGAAAAGGCACCGGGGAAGAGCUCGGCGGAGAUGCCCCCCUCGUCGUCGUCGUGGCGGCGGCGUCGUCAGGGGGACGGGAAUCCUCUUCGCGACCCCGAGAGAGAGGGGGAGCCGUCGCCUUCCCCCCUUGGGCAACGCAGCUCUUGAGCCCCGAGCGCACACAGCUACCUACAAAGGCACGUUACAGCGCCUUGACCAGAAGGCUGUGCUGCCGCCGCUCCUCGCACGCACACGGAUCGCACGCUGCCGCUGCCGCCGCCGCCGCCGCCGCCGCGCUUUACACACAUCCAAGGAUUAGCCGCCGCCGCCGCCGCCUCUCCUCCUUCUCCCUCGCAUCCCUCCCACACGGUGUUUUGACUUCUGCCUUGUGUGCUUCUUGGCUCGCGUAUCGACUGCCUGCCUGCCUGCGUGCUUCUCAGCGGACAGACCUCCUUCAGAAAAAAACAAGGACCAUAUUUCUGAGGAUUUCAAAAGGCUCUAAAUUAUCUUCAUGGAUACAAGCAAGUAGACAAUGGCGCUCUAAGCAUCUGUUCAAGCUUCUUGAGGAAAAAGUCUGCCAUGGAAACAUCAUGAAAAAAAUCUUUGUGAGGACGCAAUGUAUGAAGGCUCCUGUAACCACCAUAUCUUAAAAAUAAUUCCUAAGUGACUCAUUAUGCUCUGCCUUCCAUCAGAACAGCCAAGAAUCAAACAUCACAAGUGACAUUCUGCACUGAGAACUGCACACCAUUUUCAUCUCCUAAACACGCAACAAGUGAAAAUGGAAAACUGACUACUGGAGAUUCAUCUUGUGCUGGAGAACAUUCUUCGGUUCAAACAAUUGAGAAGAUUAUUUUAAACCCAUUGGAACAGAAGUCGGUGUAUUGACCUCUACAGAUUGCUACAAAUGGCAGGUCUUUCAUGAUGAUCUUUGAGUAACAUAAGCAUAUUCAGAUGACUCUGGGAAAUUUUCCACUUCAAUGAUGAAAGGAUUAUCUAGCAGCCGCAGCCACCAUCAUGGGGUUGCCUGUGAACCAGCAUGUGACUCUCUGGUACAUCACUCUGACAGGAAGCCAUAUUUGUUAAAUCCUGUGGAACAUCAUCCUGCAGAUCACUCUUACUACACUCAGAGGAACUCUUUUCAGGGAGAAUGUGUGGUUCCCUACAACGAUCAGAUUGCUAGCAGCACCUUCCCUCGGAGACAUUACAAUUCCCAUAACGAGCUUAAAGAUGAGUGUGCUUUGGUGCCUCACGGAACAGCCGGUAAAAGUAAUCGCAUUCCUGCCAAUCUUUUGGACCAGUUUGAAAGGCAGCUUCCUCUAAACCGAGAUGGCUACCAUACUUUACAGUACAAAAGGACUGCUGUAGAACAUCGUAGCGAUAGUCCAGGGAGGAUCCGCCAUUUGGUUCACUCUGUUCAAAAGCUUUUCACAAAGUCUCAUUCUCUCGAAGGCCCAUCAAAAGGAAGCAUCAAUGGAGGCAAAUCAAGCCCAGAGGAGACACAGACUAUGAGGUAUGGCAAACGUAGCAAGAGCAAAGACCGGCGGUCAGAUGGAAAAUCCAGGUCAAAUGCUUCAGGAUGGUGGAGCUCGGAUGACAACCUAGAUAAUGAUGUUUGCAUUUACCAUGGACCAAGUGGGGUUAUGACGAUGGGGAGAUGCCCUGACCGUUCUGCUUCUCAGUACUUUAUGGAAGCCUACAACACUCUCAGUGAACAUGCGGUGAAGCCUUCCAGAAGCAAUAAUGAUGUCAAAUGUUCCACUUGUGCAAACCUGCCAGUAAAUCUGGAUGCUCAGUUAAUGAAAAAAAGCUCUUGGUCCUCUACGCUGACGGUAAGCAGAGCCCGUGAGGUUUACCAAAAGGCUUCCAUGAACAUGGACCAGACAGUGGUGAAAGCAGAGACUUGUCAACAAGAGCGGUCUUGCCAGUAUCUUCAGGUUCCUCAAGAUGAAUGGUCUGGGUAUACUCCACAUGGCAAAGAUGAUGAGAUCCCAUGCCGGCGAAUGCGUAGUGGCAGCUACAUCAAAGCCAUGGGGGAUGAAGACAGUGGGGACUCUGACACGAGCCCAAAGCCAUCUCCAAAGAUUGCUGCACGAAGGGAGAGUUAUCUCAAGGCCACCCAGCCAUCGCUUACAGAACUCACCACUCUCAAGAUAUCUAGUGAACAUUCUCCAAAGCUUCAGAUCCGAAGCCACAGUUACUUGAGGGCAGUGAGCGAAGUUUCAAUCAAUAGGAGUUUGGAUAGCCUGGACCCUGCAGCUCUGCUGACUUCUCCCAAAUUUCGUUCCCGGAAUGAGAGCUACAUGAGGGCCAUGAGCACUAUUAGUCAGGUGAGUGAGAUGGAAGUAAAUGGUCAGUUUGAAUCAGUCUGCGAGUCUGUAUUCAGUGAGCUGGAGUCUCAAGCAGUAGAGGCCCUGGAUCUGCCAAUGCCAGGCUGCUUCCGCAUGAGGAGCCACAGCUACGUGAGAGCCAUCGAAAAGGGCUGUUCCCAAGAUGAUGAAUGUUUGUCACUGAGGUCCUCGUCCCCCCCACGCACAACCACCACUGUGAGGACCAUCCAAAGCAGCACUGUUUCCUCUUGCAUUACCACUUAUAAGAAGACACCACCUCCUGUUCCACCAAGAACCUCCACCAAACCUUUUAUCUCCAUCACAGCCCAGAGCAGCACGGAAUCUGCUCAAGACGCCUACAUGGACGGACAUGGGCAAAGGGGAGAUAUUAUCAGUCAGUCGGGACUUAGCAACUCUACAGAAAGCUUGGACAGUAUGAAGGCACUGACAGCUGCUAUUGAAGCAGCUAACGCACAGAUCCAUGGCCCUGCCAGCCAGCAUAUGGGCAACAACACUACUACUGUCACCACCACCACCACUGUUGCCACUGUUACUGCAGAUGACAGAAAGAGAGAUCAUUUCAAGAAAAACAGAUGUCUAUCCAUUGGAAUACAGGUUGAUGGAGAGGAAUCUUCUAGCUCAAGCGAAAACAGAGCAACCAGUAAGUUCCAAUCCAUAGGUGUUCAAGUAGAGGAGGAGAAGUGUUUCCGCAGGUUCACGAGGUCCAACAGUGUUACAGCAGCCGUUCAAGCAGACAUGGAUUUCCAUGAGAACUUUGAAAUGUCUAUGGACCCUCAAGAAGAUAGUUAUCCUGGGCAAAUAUCAAGACAGUACUCUCGAGAUGCCAGCACUUCCACUGUAAGCAUACAGGGCUCUGGAAACCAUUAUCACGCGUGUGCAGUGGACGAUGACUUUGAUGGAGAUUUUGAUCCUUCCAUUUUACCUCCUCCGGAUCCCUGGAUUGACUCUAUAACGGAAGAUCCAAUUGAAGCUGUUCAAAGGUCAGUGUGUCACAGAGAUGGACACUGGUUCUUGAAGCUUCUUCAAGCAGAGAGAGAGCGUAUGGAAGGUUGGUGCCAACAGAUGGAGAGAGAAGAACAAGAAAAUCACCUGCCUGAAGAAAUUCUAGGUAAAAUUCAAGCAGCAGUUGGCAGUGCACAGCUUCUCAUGGCUCAGAAAUUUUAUCAGUUCAGAGAACUGUGUGAAGAAAAUCUGAAUCCCAAUGCUCAUCCGAGACCAGCCUCCCAGGAUUUAGCAGGGUUUUGGGAUAUGCUGCAGUUGUCCAUAGAAAAUAUUAGUAUGAAAUUUGAUGAACUUCAUCAGUUAAAGGCCAAUAAUUGGAAACAGAUGGAUCCACAUGACAAGAAGGAGAGAAGGGCCCCUCCUCCAGUGCCAAAGAAGCCAUCGAAAGGUCAGGUGCCACUCAUACGGGAACGCUCUUUGGAGAGCUCACAGCGUCAGGAGGCCCGGAAACGGCUGAUGGCUGCCAAACGAGCUGCGUCUGUCCGUCAGAACUCAGCCACUGAAAGCGCCGAAAGCAUUGAGAUUUACAUCCCCGAAGCCCAGACCAGGCUAUGAAGGGAUCCAACCAAGAGGACUCUUAAUGGCAAGAAACAUCUCUUGUAUCAUCUGCCCUCCUAGGUCCAUGCUCAGAGACACCAAUAAGUAUUUGUAUCCCCCUCUCCCUUUAUCUCUCUCUUCUCUCCCAAUGAAGUAACACUUCUGUGGCGUAGUUGUCAA